GAUUAAAGGCGCGCUUCAUGUAUUCUUUAAGACAGGGUUUACUAUGUAGCCAAGACUGGCCUGGAGCUCAUUGUAUACCCCAGGCUGGCCUGGAACUCUUGAUCCUUCUGCCUCAGCCUCCUAGGUUCUGGAAUUAUAUUAUCCCCUUUACCCGGCUCGGUGAUAUUUUUGCAUCCUUUCCCAGAAUGCCUUCCCUUCUAUGACUAGCAGAUGGACCCCUAAUUCACAAAACAAGAAGACAAAACCUGGCUAAAUUUGUCAGGGGGCACCAGGGCUGAUUUACUGGCCUCAUAUACAUUCUUGUUUCUUUAAUGAAUAUUUGUUUAUUUAUAAUGCAUUCGGUGCAAGCAAUAUUCUAAAUGCCUAAGAUGACCGAGAAAAGUAAGGUGCCUGGCCAGGCCUAGUGGAUUAAGCCUGUGUAUAAUCGCAGUGUGUGAAAGCUAAGGUCAGAGGAUAGAAAGUUCAAACCCAAUCUGAGAUGUGGGGCAUGGUGAUGCAUGCCUUUAAUCCCAGUACUCAGGAAGCAGAGGCAGGCAGAUCUCUGUGAGUUCGAGGACAGCUUGAUCUAUAUCGUGAGUUCCAGGAUAGCCAAAGCUACACAGAGAAACCCUGUCUUGAAGGGGGGAAAAAGGGCUUAAUUUUUUUUAGCUUUCUGACUCUGUAUUUGUGCUUUCAACACUCUCACAGUGGUUUUCUGCUCCUCAAUUAGGAAAACACUAGAACCUUCAUGAACACAUUUAUCACGGUGGAAUCACUGAAUACCCUGCUAACAUUUUUAUUGAUGUUGUUUUAGGCAACGUCAUGAGGACGUUAGGUCUCAUGGCACAAACUCUUCAAAAUCUGCCUGGACACACACCACAUGUGCAUUUUGCUGCUUUCUCACACUCCUUGGAAUAAAAAUUAACAAUUCUGUUACCAGGGGUUCCAAACAGACAUUUUUGUUAGAGUCCUUAUUUUAGGGAGACCUAUAAUGGUAUAUCAAAUGCUGGGCCAUUCUGAGCAUCUCUAAACAGUGUUAUUGGAGUAGGAAUGCCUUUUUAUACUUUAAGAAAAAUUUAAGGCAGAGUCUAGAUAAGUUACACAGGCUGGCCUUGAACUUUUGAUACUCUUACUUCGGCCUCCCAAAUACCUAAGGUUAUAUGAAGGCCUGGGCCACCAUGCCCAGCUGUGAAAACACUUUUGUAUUCUGGGGAAUCUAGUAUAGGGCUUGCCACGGUGAAGUAGAGAGUAAAGGUUGAUUUAAUAAAGGAAAAACUAACGGGGAGCUUAAAAAAUUAAGUCUUGAGACUGUAAAGGGAGCAUCUACAGCCCUACCAUCUCACCCCAGCAAGUAAGAUCUGUUGGGCAACGGUGAUCAGCUUUUCCACUUCCAAUGCUUCCACUUGAUCCUCACAUGAGAGUUACAAAGACCCAUUACCCUCAGUUUACAGUGGAUUCAUGCCCAGGGUUAAAGCAGGACCCAUAAGAGGCUGCCUCUUGUUUCAGGCUAGCCCCACAUGUAAAGGCAAUACAGAGACAUGUCACAUGCCAAAUCCCCCAGAUCUUCAUUAGGUCCCUCACCCCAGGGUCUGACCUCUGGGGCAAAGGACACAGGGGAGGGGGCCUUAAUUGGUUAAUUAUUAACCAUCUACACCUCUGGACGCCACGGGAAGCGAAAAGCCACCACCCAGCUAGGUGAGGUGUGCCAGCGACGGUCAUGGGGGUCUCGCUGACACCCCCAGCCCUGGGACGCUGGUUCUGCCACGCGAUUCCGUUCGCUUUCUUCACGCUGUUACUUCUUUACGCCAGUGUGCGGCUCUUCCCCGACCGGCCUCUUGUGCUACCGGCUCCGAGAACCCAGCAGGCCCGCCUGUGGGAACUCAAGCCCCCUUCUCCUUCUCCAGUCCUCACGGCCUUGCUUCGGUUCACCUCGGGUGUCCUGACAGGCUGCAGGCCCGGGAUGCAGUCCUGCAACCCAGAGGGACCGCUACCUUCCCAGAUCGGUCCAGAGUUGAGACCUCUGGUGGUCCCGGAGAAGGAGGAGCCUCCCUGCCUGGGGCCUCAAGGGGUGCUGGGUCGCAUGAUGAGCCCCUUCCUGGCCUGUAUGAGCCCGGAAGGGGAUGUGGAAUUGUCUCAGUACCUGGCAGGAUGGAGGGAACUACUCAGGUUCCUAACCCCCCUUGGCUCUGUCUUCGCCUUCGCCACCAGUGAGGCCGUCAUCAAAGUGACCGCCCUCGAGGCUCGCGUGCAUGGCCCCGAGGCUUCGCACUACACGUCGCUGGCGACUAUGGCGACGUGGGAGCGGCAAGCAGGACUGCUGGAGCGGCCGGGGACCGCGCCCCGGGUCCCAGCCGGGUCCUCGGGCUCUCGAACGCUGCUUUUGCUGCACCGCGCGCUGCGCUGGUCCCAGCUCUGCCUCCACCGGGUGGCGACAGGGACGCUCGGAGGUCCGGACGCGGGCGUGCAGUGCGGGGACGCUUACAGCACCGCCCUGGCCGCGCACCACCCCUGGCUCAUCCGUCAGGCCGCCCGCCUGGCCCUCCUCGCCCUCCCGAGUCGCGGCCGCUUGCUCCAGCUGGCGUGUCCCGGAGCCAGAGAGGCAGACGCGCGGGUUGCCUUGGCCCGGGCCGCCCGAGUCCUGGAGGACGUCUACAACCGUACCCAGGGCCUGCUAGCCGGCCACGGCCUGCUCCAGCUGGCUUGA